CAUCAAAUAUAAAACGAAAAAAAUGGAAGCUGAUCUUGGUAAUCACGAAGAAGUCCAGGAUAAGUACAUGAAAGAAACUGGUCACAAAAGUGACGCCACCGACGCGCAAUUUUCUUCAACGACUAAAGAAAAUCUUGACAGUUUACCUGAGGAUGAAGAAAAAAACGAUAAAAAUAAUGAAAACGUCGAUGAUGGGAAAAAAAAUGAUGGUAAAAAUAAUGGAGACGUAGUUGACGAAAAAAAAAAUGAUGAUAAUGAAAACGACGUAGAUGGUGGAAAGAAAAAUGAUGAUAAUGAAGGCGACGUAGAUGAUGAAAAAAAAAAAAAUGAUGAUAAAAAUAAUGAAGACGACGUGGGUGAUGAAACUAAAGAAAUACAAUUAAAUCUCGAGAAUGAAAAACUUAAACAAGAAAUUUCAUCAUUGAAAAAAUCUAUUCAAUUCUAUAAAAAAAAUUAUGCUAAUAAUGAUGAUUGCGAAAGUCUUCAAGAAGAAUUAGAAUCACAAAAGCGUCAUUAUGAGAAGAUUAUUAAAAGGAAAAAAAAUGACUAUGAAUUAAAGGUUCAAGAAUUGAAUCAAAAGUUAUUUGAUGCCGAUAAAGAAUUACAAAGCUAUAAGGAUUACAUCGAAUCUUUUAAAACAGAAUAUAAAAUAAUUCAGGAAGAACUUGAUGCAAAUAAAAGAGAUUUAAAUGAUCUUAAAACAAAUAAUAUCGCUUUGAAAGAAGAAGCAUCCAAAUAUCAGUCGGCUCUUGGAGUAGCGACAAAUUUUAGAACAAGUGAUUAUAAGAAUCAUUCGGUUCAAUUAAAAAAUGACAUUUUAUCAUUACAGGACUCCAUUGAAAAUUACGCCACCAAUUUAAAAGGAAAAAUUGAGAUUAAUUUUAGUAAUGUAGAAAAGCUUAUACAAUACUAUGGAUGUCGUACAAAAAUCACAAAGGAAAAACCAAAUAGAUCUUUUAUUAAGGCAAUUUUACAACGGCAUGUUUUAGAUACAGUCAUUGAACAAGCUAGGAAUUAUUUCAAUAAUUCAGGAUCCCUAGAAUCGGAAAUUUUGUAUGAAACUCUUCAUUUGUGUUCAAAAUUAAAUAAACUUUCUGGAUCUCGUAAAGGAGUGGACACAAUCACGCCAACAUCCUCGAUAAAAAUUCGACAAGAAGCUUGUGUGGCUCUUAGUAAUAGAGGAUUUUCAGAAAUUAUAGAAAAAAAUCAAACCAUUGAACACGAUUUUAUUGAACGCACUAAGCAUAUUUUAAACGAUUCUAUGAACGAAUAUCGUACAAUUAUUGAUCCAGCAAAAAAACAACCUGUUGAAAAUAUGGCCACGAAUAUAGUUCGUGAAAUUAUUAGAAUAUUUUGGUUUCGUUUACGUGCUCAAGAGCCAACUAUUUCAUCAGUUUGGAUUAAUCCUCAUGUUAAAAUAGAUACAAAUACAAUGUCAGGAAUAUGGGAAAAAGGAGAAGAAGAUAUCGAUAUAUUAUUCGUAGAUUUGUGUUAUUUUCCAGUUAUUGGCUUGAAUUUGAAUGAUUCGUCCAAACGUAAAUUAUAUACUCGUGCUAAAGUUUUUCCAAUAUACCAAGAGCAAACUUAUGCUAACGUAACUAGUACACUACUUGAAAGAGGACGCAAAAUUGUGAAAAAUGUGAUGCCGUCAAAAGAAGAUCCAGCUCAACAGGUAAAUUCUAAUGAGGAUGUUCAUAAGCAAACAUAGAAGCGUGAAGGAAGAAAUAUUUUUGUGACCUAAAUGUAAAUAUUAUAUUUAAGAUGUAUCAAAAAA